CGCGGUGACGUCAAUCGGCUGCCCCUGUGCCUUCGCCGAGGAGACCCCGCAGCGAGCUGCCAACGCCCGGCGGAGCGUCCGAGGUUCUCUUUGGAUUGAUAUUCUAGUAGAUUUCAGCAAUGCAGACGAUCAAGUGUGUAGUAGUGGGUGAUGGUGCUGUUGGUAAAACCUGUCUCUUAAUUUCUUAUACAACAAAUAAAUUCCCAUCGGAAUACGUACCAACGGUUUUCGAUAACUAUGCUGUAACAGUGAUGAUUGGAGGAGAGCCUUACACCCUUGGCCUCUUUGAUACUGCAGGUCAGGAAGAUUACGAUAGAUUACGACCCCUCAGCUAUCCACAGACAGAUGUAUUUCUGGUCUGUUUCUCAGUGGUCUCUCCUUCUUCAUUUGAAAAUGUGAAAGAAAAGUGGGUACCUGAAAUUACUCACCACUGUCCAAAGACUCCUUUUCUGCUUGUUGGGACCCAGAUUGAUUUAAGAGAUGAUCCCUCAACAAUUGAGAAACUUGCCAAGAACAAGCAGAAGCCCAUAACUCCAGAGACUGCUGAAAAGCUGGCCCGGGACCUGAAGGCUGUAAAAUACGUGGAAUGCUCUGCACUUACGCAGAGAGGUCUGAAGAAUGUGUUUGAUGAGGCUAUCCUAGCUGCCCUCGAGCCUCCGGAAACUCAGCCCAAAAGGAAGUGCUGUAUAUUCUAAACUUUCUUCUUCCCCUCUUGCUGCUGCUUCCUCUGUCCCACUACUGUAGAAACCCGGUUAAAAAUGAAUCAAACCAUCUUGAUUGAAAGCUGUUGUGCCUGCUUGCCAUCUUAGAGCAACCUCUGUAUUAGCUCUUGGACUGAAAACAGUACUUGAGAUCUUUAGUAAAACAUUGUGACUGUGGAACAUGAACUGGACUCGCUUAACUCCCUGCUGCUUGGGUUGCCAGGUGUGGCUAGCUUUACAAUUCAGGCUGUUGGGGGAAAGGAUUUGGUUACACUGUUAUUUAAAGAACAACCAAAAAAAUGAGAGAUGUUUGAUCUUCCUGAAUCCAACUGGAAGAAACAAUGGGUGUGUUUUCCAUUUCUGCUUGUGACUUAACUGUAUUUGCAUGACAAAAGUACCUGAAUUGGUGAUCUGCAAAUGAUGAUGUAAAGUGAAGGGUUUUCUGGUUCUCCUGUGUGCAGUGAGAUGUUUGCUGUUGCUUUGGCUGUCUGUGCUUUAGUGGAGUAUCUGUCAGUCCUUGGGGGGAAGGAAAUAUCAAUGUACUUGCUACUGCUUUAUGAACUGUUAAAAUUAUUGCUUUCAUUAACAUGGUAGAGCUCUUCAUUUCAAUAAUAGAUUCUUAAAGCCUGUUACUGUAAGAUGUAAAGCUGCUGCUUACUAUCGUGCUUCUGAUUUUUAUUGUUUUAAGGAAAAAACAUCGAUUGUAGCUUGUCUUUAAAUUUUGAAAUUAAAAAUUGCAGUUGUUUGUAUAAAUGACUGAUGAAACUUUAUUCAAGUUGCAUUUCCUGGCUCCAGUUUAAUCCUCAACAGAGUGUAUGAUACCCCUCUGUACUCCUCCCAGCUUGACUUCUCUGUUACCAUGGCAGCUUUCUGGGCUCUGCCUGUCUGCUUCUAACCCUGAGGUGUUUAGGGCUGGAUACCCGAGCAGAGCAUGUACUGGAUAAGGCUAUAAUUGCAUCCUUACCUUGUCUCUGACACACGGGGCUGUGUUGUCACAGGUGUGCUCCAGGUUAAGUUCUUCCAUCUGAAUGCAGCACUUUCUACUUUGUUAUUAGCAUGUGAAAUAUAAGUAGCCAGUUAGUCAUAAAAGUUGCCUUAAGGAAAUUACUUUUGGUGCGCGUGUUUUGCUCCUUGUGAAGCACCCUGGUCCGUUCUCUGAGGAUUACUUUUCUUGUUCUGAAAAUGAGAUGCUCUGCUGAGAAACUGCCGAGAGCAGUGGUACGGAGCUUCGCUGGGCAGGCAGGCUUUAGGGAUGGCAAACCUCCAUGUGUCCUUAGAGGGGUGUGGCUGCCACUUGGCUUUCUGGGGUUUUGUAUG